CUCAAACUCAAAUUUCAAAUUUAUCAAUCAUCCACACCUAAACUUCUUUUCUUUACUUCCAAUAUUAGCAACAUACUAAUUAUAGUGGGCAAGCUUAAAAUGGAUGAGAACAUGGAUCAAAAGCUUUUGAUUAUCAAACAGAUAAUUCAAGCAAGAGAGCUAGUUAAGGAACUCCAAGCUCAGCUUAAUCCCUCUUUUUUUUCUUGUCAUGACUUGAUAACUAGAAUCUUAAGUUCCGUUGAGACUUUUCUCUCGAUGCUAGAACUAGUAAAGAUGGAGAACGAAUCUAACCCGGAGUCUCCCUUGGGUUAUGUAAAUGGAAGCCCCAAUUCUGAUCUUUCCCAAGGAGGUUCACGAAAGAGGAAAGGGAUUGUGAGAUGGACGGAACAAGUACGUGCUUCUGCACAAACGGGACUUGAAGGACCCCUAGAUGACGGAUACGAUUGGAGAAAAUAUGGGCAGAAAGACAUUCUUGGAGCUAAGCACCCUAGAGGUUAUUACAAAUGUAGUCAUCGAAGUGCUCAAGGUUGCUUAGCAAUGAAACAAGUUCAACGAUCUGAACUAGAUUCAUCCGUCUUCAAUGUUACUUAUAUUGGAAAACACAGUUGCAUUGAAACAUCAGAACUACUUUCAGAGAAAUAUUCACCAAUUAAACAAGAGCAUGAUGAGCGUAAUCUCACAAAUUAUCAUCAAGAGAAAAGGGAGGAUAAAUCAUUUGAAGAGACAGACAUCAAUUUUCAAACAUCGAGUUCAAGUGUUCAAGUUGCAAAAGACAAAGAUAAACAAUUUGAGUCUUUUCCUUCUUUUUCAAUCUAUUCUACUAGUUCAUUGCAACCCAAUAUUGGUAAUUGCUGGGAGGCUAAAGAAAAUUACUUCCACCCUUCUUCGGUCAAACCUGAGAUCUAUACUCCUAGUCCUAGUCCCAGUCCAACAUUUAUAAGCACUCCCACAGCUUCAGAAUCCAACUACAAAAUGAACAGUAUUGAAGGUUACAAUAUUGGUGAAGAUUUACUACAAACUACUGCUGAUUCUCAUGAUGCUAAAGAUCAAAUGAUGAUUUCACCAACUGUUAGUGCAACUUCGUCCGCCAAUAAUAGUUGCUCGAAUCUCAUGGACGCUAACUGGGAUUGGGAUUUCCCAAUAGAAUUUAGUCCUCCACGUUUCUAAAAGUUUAUCGGAAUUGUACUGUACACUAGUUAUAUCAACUGCAAACAUCACCGAAAAAAGAAAGCGGUGUGCCAAUCGUCAAUUAUAGUACAUGACGACAUUUUGGAGACAUGGAAGCAACUGGUGUCUUUAGAUCGAGUUUGAGCAUCAUUUAUGGUUGGGGUUCAACACUAGUAAGAAUAGUUAUGUGAUAGUUAAUUUCCUAAUUUUGUAUCCAUGGUAACACUUAUAAAGGCUAAAACGUGUUUUUAGUUUUGUAAAAUUUUCCUUUGUAAGUUGUAUGAGCCGACUAGAUUUUCUGUCACUAAAAUGGCAUAGACGCCUUUACAGGUUGAAAAU